AUGGGUAAGAGAAUCAUUGACAUGCAAAGAUUGUACCAAUCAUCUACAAAGCCUAUAUGGAUGAGACAUCCUAGAUCCCCAUACUACUUGUAUCCUUUCUGGGGUCUGUUUGCAGUUGUCCUUGUUGCACCAUUGUUGUAUAUUCCAAAUGCUAUUGCAGGUGUUAAGGCUAAGAAAAAUUGA